CCAGCAUGUAGCGCAGGGUCCCGGCGCCCAUCCAGAAAAUGGGAAAGGAGCCGAGGGCGGAAGGAAGGCGCAGGGGUGAAGACGCGGAGUGCGGCGCGCGGCAGCCGGGGCGUCUCAGCGGCACAGCCGAGGCCUGAGCGCCCAUGCAGAGGGAGCGGCGGACCCAGGCGUCUAGAGGAGAAGCCAAAGAUGUUGACCAGAAAGAUUAAACUCUGGGACAUAAACGCCCACAUCACCUGCCGUCUGUGCAGCGGGUACCUCAUCGACGCGACCACCGUGACCGAGUGUCUGCACACGUUCUGCCGGAGCUGCCUGGUCAAGUACCUGGAGGAGAACAACACCUGUCCCACCUGCAGGAUCGUCAUCCACCAGAGCCACCCGCUGCAGUACAUCGGGCAUGACAGGACCAUGCAGGACAUCGUGUACAAGCUGGUGCCAGGCCUGCAGGAAGCGGAAAUGAGAAAACAGAGGGAAUUCUACCACAAACUGGGCAUGGAGGUGCCUGGAGACAUCAAGGGGGAGACUGGUUCUGCGAAGCAGCACUCGGACCCCCAUCGGAAUGGUGAAACCAAAGCAGACGAGAGCUCCCACACGGAGGCUGCGGAGGAGAAGCAGGAGGAGGACAGCGACUACCACCGGAGCGACGAACAGGUGAGCAUCUGCCUGGAGUGCAACAGCAGCAAGCUGCGCGGCCUGAAGCGCAAGUGGAUCCGCUGCUCCGCCCAGGCCACCGUGCUGCACCUGAAGAAGUUCAUCGCCAAGAAGCUCAACCUCUCGUCCUUCAACGAGCUGGACAUCCUAUGCAACGAGGAGAUCCUGGGCAAGGACCACACGCUCAAGUUCGUGGUCGUCACGCGGUGGAGGUUCAAGAAGGCGCCCCUCCUGCUGCACUACAGACCCAAGAUGGACCUGCUGUGACCUGCAGACGGCCCGGGCACGGAGCACGGGCGCGCACCCGAGGCCCGGGACCAGACUUGUGCACAGAGAGUAUUUAUACCUUUUGUAUGAGAGUUCACACUCGACAAGACACUACCAGCAGCUCGGUAACAGGUGGCCACACACUUCACAGGCUCACGCGGCCGCCAGCCCUCGCGACCCUCAGCUUCACGGACCCGCGGCCUCCCCGGCCUCCAAAAUCUCGGUCGUUUCAUGUAGUUUAUGAGUUAGGGUUUGUGACAAAAACACAUGUGCUCACGGGGUCCUCACUAAGCUGUUGAAAACGCGCUUUCGUGGUGGACGAUGACUUUAUGUUGCCUGUAGCUCCCGGAAGAUCGACAAGAAUUAACUUUAAGAGCAAAACAAAAGAGGCUGCCGCUCAGUGCGGUGCCCGCGGCGUGUGAUGUCCCUGUCGUGACCCGAGGGAGCCCCUGUGCGUCCACGCACAGCCGUCUCGGUAAAGUCACGUUGAUCACUAAACGCGGCGCCAUCGUCAGAGCACGCGCCCUCCUGCUGCGAGGGAGCUGGUGGCACAGGGAGUCCCAGGCCCAUCUUCCCGCUGCAGGGGUGCCCGCCUCCUCUCUGCCAGUCGCGGUGGUUCUCACCGAGCACCAGGGCGGCCAGGGGACAGCACCCCAAACCCAGCCCCAGGGACUCGCUUUCUCACCCAAACAUUCAUAUUUUUGUGGAAUUAGAGAAAAAACAUUCGACAGCACGCAAACGUGUUCCUUUAAGAUAGUCCCUUGGAAGGCAUGAAGGCGAGCUCGGGGAGAAAGGCCCGUUCCUGUGGUCACUCCUGCGUCCCCCGGCCCCUCCCACCCCUGAGGCCUGUGGUCCCGCCCUGCGCCCACCCUGCCUCUGUGCUGGGUUUCCCAUGAAGUCCUCACUUUAGGGACAGAACUUUCUCAAAUUGGCUCCAGACCUGUGGGCUCGUGGGCUGCUUCCUGUUGCACGUACACAAGGGUCAGAGGCAGCUAUGAUGAGCCAUCAGCGUAGAGAAAAACCUUCAAAUUAAUUCAGUCCAAGCAAUUUUAAUGUCAGGCCUUUAAAACCACCCAACGCGUUAGGGAUUGGUCAGAUCGCUCUGUUUCAGCCGUGACCCCGUCCUGUUCGUCCCCGCGGUCCUCCGUUGCUCUCCGAGGCCUGGCGAGUGGAUGUGUGUGAGCAACUAUGACCUGUCUACCUCAAAACGCACAUUGCCGCUGGCGCAUCUGUCGGACCCAGGACCCCAGUGCGGUCUCUGGGCCUAGGGGGUGGGGGUUCCCGUGGGGUGAAGAGGGGUGAACAGCGUGAGUGUCACCUUCAAAAACAUGGUUCCCGCUCAGACCGGGCCGGGGGUGUCUGCAGCCGCCCGGUGCACAUCGUGACCUGUAGCUCUCUGUGCGACCACUUGAAUUUGCUAUGGUGCUAAGCUGAUAUCUUGAGAUACGCCGAGAGGGGCCGAGAGGGGCCCGGGCCGGCGGGUCCACACCGCUGGCUCGGCCGCUCUUCUGGCCGCGGGACCUGGGGAGCCCCAGCAGCAGCAGAGCCUAUUUUUCUACGACUUCCUCGUGAGACUGUUCACGCAGACGGCGGGACCUGCCUGGUUGGACCGCAGCCCGUGGACUCGGCUGGGGAGGCUGAUGCACUUUCUCCUGCGUGAGAGUCGGGUCGGAGGGGCAGGCCGCGGGGUUUCCCAGGCGGAGUUCCCGGGCGUCUCCCUCCCGUGUGCGCGGCUGGGACGGGCGCUCCGCGCCUGCGCCCUCGGCAGCCGUGGGACUCACCGUGCGGUUUUCACGAAAACAGAAAAUUCAGAUAGAAUAUAUAAUGUGGAAUUUAAGAUUUGGGGGGUUGGAAAAGAAAACUUAACUUUAUAAAAUUAUUUAUUCUAUUUUAAGCGUUCUAUCCUAUUUUCCCAUCAGCCAUCCGGUUCGUGCCGCUUUGUUUACAGGCAUAUAAGGUGAAAGGGAUGUUCUGCAAGCUUCUUCCUUUCUUUCGGGGCGUCGCCCUGUGUUUCCGUUUGUCGGGUGAGGAGCGUUGUUAUGCGUUUAUGCUUUUGUGCAAUAGGCUCCACGCGUGCUGCCCGACGGGACGGGACGGGGCGUACGUGGAUUCCCAACCUGCACACGGAGCUACUUGGGUUUCCUUUUUCGUUGUUGUGAUGAGAAUGCUGUUCUCGGGAUGACGCACAGCGUGUCAGCAACAUCGCCAACAGAUGCCCGGCAGGCAGGCAGCCGCGUGCGUGGCCUCGCACCCGGACCCCGCGUGCUCAGGCCCUGGCACACCGCCCCCACCCCUGGCGGCCCAGAUGUGGGGUGCGGUCCCAGGCCCCGAGCCCUCGGGCGUCCGUCUGGUGCCUCCGCACAGGCUGUGCCGCUGAUUCAAAGUGUCAUCGGGUUGAAUGUUCUAGGAGCAAGCCAGCGGUUUCUGUGAUGUGUCACUGUUGGACGCGCCCUCAAAACGGGACAUCACGCCAGUGCAGACAGUCCGUUUCUCAUUCCUCAGGAGCCCAUGUGCACCCCCACGUCACCUGUGCCCUUAGCCCAUAAGGUGUGUGUCUGCCUCGGUUCGCAGCGCACGGGGGGCACUGGGAUGCGCAGAUGAGAAAGGGUUCAGGCUGCACUUCCCGCGAGGCGCCUGCCGGGCAGGGAGGGCCACGCCCCCACAUCAGGUGUCCCCACGGCGUGUUGGGUGUAAGAGAACCACGUGUUCCCAGUCGGUGCGGGUUCGGGCGGAGCCUGCCAUCUGCAGCGACACGGCUGCCAUGGGUUAUGGGAUGGCAAUGCGGAUGCAUAUUUUUGUUUAAUUUGAAAGUUUACAUUUUUAUGCUUUGUGUUGGUGUGUAACUUUUGUACUAUUGGUGGCUAGUUUUGUCUAAAAUCUUUUUUGGAAUAUUGCUUCAAUGUUUUGAUUUUAUGACGGUGAAGCUUGUAUUCAGUGUUUUGCCAAUUAAUAUUAUAUGCUUGUAAUAAAAGCAAAGGAAACAAUGGUC